AUGCAUCUUUACUCGGCUUUGGCUGUCGUUCUUGUCGCCGUCAAGUCAUCAUUGGCAGGCUUUUCUGAUCAAGUGACCAACUUUGACCUUGGCCCAGUAUUCGCCUUCCGACAUGGCUGCAAUAUCACCUGUCAGUUGCUGCUCGAAGUUACAAACCGGUUAGACCUUGAGUUUGUGGGAAAGUUUUUCGAUGAAGGUUUCUAUGCGACGGCACCCGAAUUCACCUCGUCGUCUCCAGGAGACAUCUUGAAGAUAGAGUCUUUCGAUGCAUCAAACCUAGAAAUUCCUACCAGCAUCAAAACAUACCGUUUCCAGUAUACUUCCAUCGAUGUCAAUGGCAGCCUCGCGCCUUCAACCGGAUUCCUUGCACUACCGGCUCCAAAUUCUUACGACACGCGAAGCAAGUUGAAGUUGAUUGCCUGGGCUCACGGCACGACCGGUCUACACUGUGGCUGUGUUCCUUCCUCUGCCCGCAAGCUCUGGGGCUAUGAUAGCUGGGGACCACUCUCAGACCAAGGAUAUGCUGUUGUCGGCACUGAUUACGUCGGUCUGGGAAACAACUACACCUCACAUAAGUACCUCAGCCUGGCAGCGCAUGCAAAUGACAUCUACUAUUCGGUCAUGGCUGUACGAAAGGCAUUUCCAGAUCUUUUCACUGUCAAGUGGCUGAGCAUUGGUCACUCGCAAGGCGGCGGCACCGUAGCAAUCGCUCCUGCCGUAAACGCACUUGAUCUUGCGACUACACCUUAUGACAAGAUUCUGCCUCUGCCCAUUUCAGAUGACUACUUUGCGAAAGCCGAAACACCGUUACUUCUCAUGGGCAUACAGGCAGCAUUUCCGUCUUAUGGAAUGCCAUGGGCCGCUCGAGCACUCAAAGAAAGAAUACAAUACGCCAGUGCUGCUCAAUCGUGUCUCUUUGCGACUGCAGGUCUUACACUCGAUCUCACAGACGAGCAGCUUGUCGUAGCUGGUGGCGCACACCCCAAGGACGACGACACCCUGAAAGAAUGGACACGACAGCAAGCAGCUGCGCAAGGCGCCCUAUCAUCCAUGCCAAUUCUUGUCAUCCAAGGCCUCAGCGAUACAGCCAUACUUCCUGAAUGCACUCGGAGGGCGUACGAGAACGCCACUCGUUUCAGUCGCAUACGCCUUCAGGAGUAUCCUGGUGUAGGCCACUUCGAGAUAGUCAGUGCAUCAACACCUGCAUGGCUUGAAUUUGUACGAGACCGCUUCUCAGGUUAUCCUACGUCCUUCGAGAGUUCAAGGCACGUAGUUGAUCUGGACGAUCCGACCCUUGCUGGAACGUCCAUCGAUAUGAGUGGUAUUUCGGCUCAGAGGAUGCCUUGCGCCCGUGACUGCUAUCUUCGAAACUUCUUUGGGAAAAUGAGGUCGGACACUGCAUGCGUUGGUGAAUGGUGUUCGCCAGCUUGA